AUGAAAGAUACUGGUGUUAAACUUACUAAGUGGGCUUCUAUAGCCAAUGCACCGUUUCCUGCCGAAGGUGCUGGCAACCAAACUUUCAGCAUGUAUCACUUGGUUGCUACUGUUAUUGGUGUCCCGCUCUUUCUUGCCUAUUAUUUUCGCUUAGGUUUUUGGAUCUGGCUCAUUUUCCUCUUUAUUCCGCUUGGUGGUGUUAUUUACCUAGCAUUCGUAUACCUUCUUUCUAAAUAUGCUUCUCCUUACAACAACAAGGUUCGACUUCCGGAAAGGAAUAUCGAAGAGUAUAUUACUAUGAAGGACGCUUCUCUGGCAGGAUAUGUUGGUCGUAAUAAAAUUCCAAUGGAAAUUUUUUUUGAAAAUUAUUUUGAUGAAAAAAUCGAUCUUUGUGGUGAUGCUUUAGAAAUUCUUGAAGCCCGUCACGAUUGGGCUUCUUUUGAGUUUGCUUUGGGUCAAGCAAAAUUUUUAUUAACUCAAUGGAUUCCUGAGACAAUAAUGCAUACUAAAAAACAAGAUGAAGAUCAAGUACGUGAUCAUUAUGAUCGUGGUGACGAUUUUUACGCUGCAUUUUUAGGUUCAAGUAUGGUUUAUACCUCCGGAAUUAUUUCGGACCCAAGUAAAAAUGAAACACUCGAAGAACUUCAAGACAAUAAACUUAAACUUGUUUGUGAAAAAAUUAAUCUCAAAGCAGGUGAACGACUUUUGGAUAUUGGUUGCGGUUGGGGUACUCUUGUAGCAUACGCUGCCAAGAAUUAUGAUGUGGAUGCCACGGGAAUUACACUUGGUCGUAACCAAACUGAAUUUGGAAACAAUCGUAUUAAGGAAUAUGGUAUUGAUGAUAAACAAGCUCGUAUAAUUUGUAUGGAUUAUCGUGACAUUCCAAGGCGUCCAAAAUAUGAUAAAAUUACUUGCCUUGAAAUGGCUGAACACGUUGGUGUUAGGCUUUUUGCUUCAUUUCUAUCUCAAGUAAGAGAUAUGCUCGAAGACGACGGUUUAUUCUUUUUACAAAUAGCAGGUCUUCGUCGCACAUGGCAAUAUGAAGAUUUAAUAUGGGGUUUAUUUAUGGCAAAAUACAUCUUUCCUGGUGCAGAUGCCUCUUGCCCAUUGGGGUGGGUCAUUAAUCAAUUGGAAUGCGCUGGAUUUGAAAUUCAAACUGUUGACACCAUUGGUGUACAUUAUUCUGGCACCAUAUUUCGUUGGUAUAAUAACUGGUUAAAGAAUAAAGAUACUAUCAUUAAUAAAUAUGGAAAAAGACUUAAAAUUCUAACAACCUAUCUUCUUUAUUUAGGUGGUUCCGGUAGUGCAACUUGUUAUCAGAUUACUGCUCAUAAAAAUUUGAAUGCAUUUGAUCGUGCUGGAUUGAUUUCUAGAAGACUAAAGGCUUAA